GUUAUUAAGAUCACGUUGGACAACCUCGACAAUCGAUUGUUAACUAGUAUAGUUAGCCUUACUAUCCCGUUCUGUCGUUAUUAUGUAGGGUUAGAUGUGCAUUAUUCAUGGGAUCAUUGGUAAUAGCAGACCGCGUCGUAAUCGAGCACAAUGCAUGGUUUAGUCACUUUAAUGCCUGUUAUAAUGAGUGCCUGAUCAUUGUCCACUGUGUCCAUUGUGUCCAUUGUCUGUUGUUAGGAUGCGUUGGUCAUUGGCAGAAUGCAUUGUUCAUGUCUGUCCGUUCAUCGGUAUGCAUUGUUCAUGUCUGUCCGUUUGUCGAUAUGCAUUGUUCAUGUACAUCGUCCAUGCCGAUUGUCCAUUGUCAAUUCUCGAUUGUCCGCUAACCAUUCCCGAUUUUACAUUCUCCAUUCUCCAUAUGGGUUAUGCAUCGUCCAUCGUCCAUAUGCAUAUGCACAUCGCAGUUCCCUCUCCAAUCCCGCGCUCUCUCGCUUUACUAUCGCUGAUCGCUGAUGCAAACAAAGUUCCCCCAACGCCAAAGAUGGAUGAAUGGCUGAAUGAAUGCAAAGAACGUGUAAAAAGAAGAAUAAGAAGAGGAGCAAGAAGAAGAAAAAGUCCAGAUGCACCGACCGCACGUGCGCGCAAAAAUAGAAUCAAGCGUUUUCGCUAGGAGGAAGGCGCUCACGACACAAAACGGCAAAGCUAUGCAUGCAUGCACACCAGACCAGGAC